GCGGACCAAUCACACGCGAUGCUCUCUCUCUCUCUCUGAGACACACACCCUUCCGCGAGCAGUGGGCGGUCAUCUCUCUCUCUCUCUCUCUCUGUGGGCUCAGUGAGGUUCAGGGUCAGAGGAUGUCAGGUCGCUCUCAGGAGAGUCUGCUCAGAUGAUGCUGUAUGCUUGAGUGUUUGCUGUGCUCACGCUGAGGAUGGACUCUCACACACCGCAGUGAAUCAUUCACACACUCUAUGGAGGACCCGGCCGUCGCGCUCUGACAGAGAGGUUUCCCGUCUGAAGGUGUAGGUGUUGUUUGGCUGGGUUGAUAGAUCAGUCAUACUGCAGCAUGGCGGACGCAGCUGAGAGCGUGAAUAAAGACAUGAAGGUGUUCGUGGUGGACAGCCAGGCGUUCCCGAGUCAGGUGUCCGUCAGGAGGGACGGCCCGCGGCUCUCCGUCAUCUACCUGCUGCUGGCCGUGGCUCUGCUGGGGGUCUUCAUCGAGGCUGGAUUCAUCUGGCAUCUCUACAGCAGGCCCGCGGCAUCAUCAGAUAUCCAUAAAGUGGAAUAUAUAAAAGGAGAGAAGUCCACGUCUCCCAGAAGUUCACAUGAUUACAAUAAAGCUGUGCCUGCGAAACCUCCCAAAGCUGAGAGCAAACCGGCAGCAUUUCUGCAAAUCGCUUCCCCCGCGUCUGGCGGGAACGGCGUCCUGCACUGGAGAGCCGACAGCUUCCCGGUGUUCACGAGGGGACUGGAAUACAAGAACAACAGCCUGUACGUCCAGCAGGACGGAUACUAUUACAUCUUCUCCAAGAUCGCUCACCUGGAGAACUGCAACUUCUUCAAGCAUCAGGUCAUGCAGUGCACGGAGAGGUACAGCUCACAGGCCAUCGAGCUGAUGCAGAGCUCCAGGUUUAUCUGCGUGCCCAAUAAAUCUCAGUGGAGGGACAACAGCUACCUGGGAGGCAUCUUCCAGCUGUAUAAAGGAGACAGUGUGUUCGUGAAGGUCAAUAACAGCUCGCAGGUGCACGGUGAAGCCUACGAGAACUUCUUUGGGGCCUUCAUGGUCUAAAUACUGACAUACUGCUGCAAGAAAAUCACACACACACUCUCAGGUUCUCAUUCCAGUUUUCAAUAUUAUUUGACAUAUUUAGCGAAUUGUUGCAAUAUAGAAUUGUGCUAUUUUUUUAUUUUUGUUUCUGCGGGUGAAUAAAUAUAUUUAGUGUGAGUAUGGCUGAAACCUGACCCUCGGAUCAGAUGUCAUUUCUCCGUAAAGCUAAACGAUAAUUCUGCUAGUUUGUGCGUUAGAGGCCCAUUCUCAGGAAACCAUUUGAAAAGAAACAUAUUUUUAAUCACUUAUUUUUAAAUAAUUGCACUAUUUAAGAAAUCAUGUUUCAAAUGCUUGUAAACUUGUUACUGUCAUCUAUCCUUUAUCUAUUAUAAGCUGAUGUCAGUUUAUAUACAUAUAUUACAUGUCUCUGUUUGAAGUGCUGCAUUCUGGAAUGUUUCAGUGCAAUUCAUAAUGUAACAUGCAUCUCAGCAUUGCUGUAUAAACCAGAGAUUUCUUCUAUGGUCAGGUUUAUUAUUCUUUGUUUUAUUUUUCCCAACUGUUGUCAUGAUGGAGCAAUUGUUUCAGAGUGUCUUUUUGAGCAAGUACCUCAGUACUGAGGUAUUUUACCACCACAGUAAGUCAAGAACACACGUUAAAGAAAUACUUCACCUAAAAAUGUAAAUUUGCAGAUCAUCCGAGAUCAGGGUGAGUUUGUUUCUUCAUC